AAUCCAUACUAUUUAUUGUCUAAUUGUGAAACAAUUGUCAACAAUCUUGUUCAUCGACGUCAACUGCAGUGAAGGUCUGUGGAAAAUUAACUAGCGUUUGAAAUUUCAAUGAAGAAUUUGUUAGUUCCUACUGCAAUGGAUGGAGUUCGUAUUGAACUGGGAGAUAUCACACAACACAAUAUAAAACAAUUGAAACUUUUGAAUCAAGUUAUUUUUCCAGUUUCAUACAAUGACAAAUUUUAUAAAGAUGUUCUUGAUGUUGGAGACUUGGCAAAGCUUGCAUUUUUCAAUGAUAUAGUGGUUGGUGCAGUAUGUUGUCGAAUAGAUAAUUCAAAAGGAAAAAGGAGAUUAUACAUAAUGACGCUUGGUUGCUUAGCACCUUACAGAAGACAUGGUGUUGGUACAGUAUUGCUCAACCAUGUCUUCAAAAUAUGUGAAGCUGAUAAAAAUAUUACAGCAAUAUUUUUACACGUUCAAGUCAAUAAUCAAUCUGCUCUGGAUUUCUACAUGAAAUUCGGUUUCGAAAUUGUUCAAACUGAAAGCCAUUAUUACAAAAGAAUAGAGCCUUCCGAUGCCUAUGUAUUAGAAAAAAAGCUUGAGAACUGUGCUGGAGCUACAUUCAAUGGGAAGCCUUGAUUCCAUUCAGAUUGCUCAGCACUUUUCAUUUGAUUUAUGUUCCAACUCCAGUGGUUUGGUUGAAGCUCUUCCAUGCAUGUUACAACAGUCUUAAAUACAAAAAUAUUUAGUUUUAUAAAAACAAUGCCUUCAGUUUUGGUGUGCCGUAUCUAUUUAGAAAAUUUUUGUCAGUACGUAUGCAGCUCUGUGCAUGCCAGGGAGUGUUCUCAUCAUUGAGUUACAUUUCAUUCUUGGCUAUUGCUAUGUAAACUGUGUUGACAAACUGAAAAUACAUUAGCAAUUGGCUUUUAAACAAAAUUCCUAAAUUAGGACAUGCUAAAAUCUCUUGUUAUAUGAAAAAUUUUAUCUUCAAUGGUGCAGUGUACAAGUUUUACAAAGUGUGAGAAAGAAAAAUGCAUUGAAUAAUAAAA